AUGGAUUCAUUUUAUGAUAAUAAUAAUAGUUUAAACAACUCUUUUGAAAACUAUAAUAGUAUAAAUUUUUUAGAUGAUGAAUAUGAUAAUAGUGAAAAUAAUAAUAAUAUUGAUAAUAGUAUAGAAAAAAAUAAUGAUCUUUAUUCAAAUUUUUUUUCAAAUCAUAACAUAUAUCAAGAUACCGAAUUAAACCAAAAAAAUGUGUGGGAAGGAUAUAUAAAUAAUAAUAAUAAUAUUGAAAAUAUCGAUGAUUAUAAUUUAUUAUCACAUGUACCAGAAUUUAUAUCUCCACCCACAACACCUUCAUUUUUUAAUACCCCAAUAAAUCAAUUAGAUAAUAUUCAUCAACAAGAAAAUUCCAUUGAUGAUUCACAGCUAUCUUCACCCAAUUUACCAUUAGUACCAUUAGUACCAUUAGUACCAAUAAUAGAGUCAACAACUAUUAUUAAUCAAAAUCAACAUUUAAUAUCAUCACCUACAUUACCCUUUUCACCUUUAUUAUUAUCUGAAGAUGAUUAUAUAACUAAAACUUCAACAACCUCAACUCCCACAAUUUUUGAAAAUGAUGAUUGUAAUUUUAUUUUAAAUAUCGGAAACAAUGAUAAUAAUAUUAGCAACGAUAAUAAAGAUGAUAAUACCAGUAACGAUUUGAUCUCUAAUAAAGAUCAAAGUGAUUUAGAAAAUAAAAGAAAUACCAACCCAUCCACAAUUUUCGAAAAUCAUAAAGUGAAAAUGACCCCACCACAAUCAAGAAGUAAUGGAAGAUAUACAAAAACUCCCAAAAGUUGUACUUGCCGUAGUUUAAAAAACUCUACAUUAGAGAAAUGUUCAAUUAAAUUAUGUGGAUGUAGAAGAUUUAAUAAAGGAUGCUCCAUUAAAUGUUGCUGCUUAGGAAAUUGUAGUAACGGUCCAAAAACAAAUAAAUUUUUAGAUGUCUGGAGAGUAAAUGAAAUUAGAAACCACAUUAUUGGCUUUAUCAAACCAAAUUAA